AUUGGUGUCAGUAUACAAUCAAUUCCGAAUCAAACGGCGGCUUUGUCUGCCCCCCUCUCUCGCGUUGGCGGAGGUGACGAGGGGCUCCAAGAUUUUCCCUGGGAACGAAGAGGCCUCUCUAGGGUUUUACUUCUCUCUCAGCUUCGAGGGUUCGGGGCAACUGUGGAUGGGCGGCGCGAAAUGCUCGUAUUCCGAGCUCUGAUGUACGUUUUCUUGUGUAUUUCUUCUUUGUUUCAGGCUUUCUGAUAUGGUUAUUAGGUCGCAUUAAAAUCCACAUAUAAUUGGCGUAUCUCUUGAAGUUUUGGGAAAUUUUGGCAAAAUAGAUGAUAUCAGGGUUCAAGUCUCCAUGAAAUUUUAGGUUUCGCGUGUGUUAUAUGUGUAAAAAUUGUAACUUUGAUGGACGCUGGAGCGGCAUUGGGCCUGAACUUCAAUCCUGAGUCGAUUGAAGUCGACCCUAGUGAUUCAGUUUUACUUGAGGAUAACGUUGGGGAAAAAGAAGAGGAGGAGGAGGAAGGAGAUGUAGAAAAUUCAGUGGUUCAAAUGAACUGCCACUCCAUGGGAACAGAGUUCCCUUUUGAUGGAAGAGUACAGGAGAAACUGGAACUUGAAAUGGAACCAAGCGAACCAUACGUUGGCAUGGAAUUUGAUUCGCUUGAGUCUGCGAGGAAGUUCUACUUUGACUAUGCUGAGCGUGUGGGCUUCCGAGUCCGCAACAAUAGGUUUAGGACCUCAAGGCGUGAUGACUCCAUCAUCAUGAGACGGUUCGUGUGCUACAAGGAAGGUUUCUAUCUGAAGAAUGAGAAGAGGAAGAAUGAUGGCAAGGAGAGGCGGAAUCGUGCUUCGAUAAGGGAAGGUUGCAGGGCAAUGAUUGAGGUGGUUCGGAAGGAUAAGGACAGGUGGGUAGUAACUAAGCUCAUUAUUGAACACAACCAUGCAUUUGUUGCCAAUAUUAGAGCAUCUAAGCCUACGAAGAAGAGGGCACCGCUAGCCUUACAUGUUGAGACGAGGUCACUGUUUGGAGAAGGCUUUGGUGCUGAGGAGAGACCAAAUCCUGUUUGGGGAGGAGGCGAGGGUUUUAACCUCUUGCAGUACUUUAAGAAGAUGCAAACAAUGAAUCCUGCAUUUUUUUAUUCAAUUGAAGUUGAUGAAACUAACAAGUUAAAGAAUGUUUUCUGGGCCGAUGCAAAGGCCCGGAUGGCAUACAGUUACUUUGGUGAUGUUGUUGCUCUUGAUACGACAUAUAAAAAGAACAGGCUCAUGAUGCCUUUUGUGCUGUUUACAGGGGUAAAUCAUCACUUGCAACCUGUUGUAUUUGGGUGUUCUGUGCUCUUGGAUGAGACAGAGGCUUCUUACAUAUGGUUGUUUGAAACGUUUCUAGUGGCUAUGAGUGGACGCCUUCCAGUUUCAUUCGUUACUGAUCAUUGCAAAGCUUUAGCAGCAGCAGCUAUGAAGGUAUUCCAUGGCACCCAUCACCGUUUUUGCAAGUGGAGGAUCUUGAGCAAAUGCAAGGAGAAGUUGCUUGAUAUCUGUUCAACACAAGCAGCUCGAGCUUCUCUCAAGGGGGAUAUGAAGAAAUGCAUCGAUGAGACUGAUACGGUUCAAGAAUUUGAGUCAUCAUGGGAAGCAUUCCUUCUUAAGUAUAAUCUGAGGGAUAAUGAAUGGAUUCAAUCAUUAUAUGAAGUCCGCCAACAGUGGGUCACAGUAUACUUGAAGGAUAAGUUCUUCGCAGAAAUGUCUCCUUCUCAAAGAUCUGAAAGUAUGAACAAGUUUUUUCUAAGAAAUUUUGAAACAAAGACAAGCUUAUUUGAAUUUGUUGCAAAGUUUGAUCAAGCCAUUGCAGGACAGUAUGAGAAGGAAGUUCAGGCAGAUUUUGCUAAUAUGAUAACUAAACCUGUUUUGAAAUCUUCAUCAUCAAUAGAAAAGCAGGCUUCAGAGACCUUCACAAAAACCAUAUUUUCCAUAUUCCAGGAGGAGCUUGUCCAGGCCUUGGGUUAUUCAGUGGAAAAAUUCCAGGAUGGUUCUGCCUGCAGAUACCAUGUGGCUCUUAAUGCAGAGGGUGCCAAUAGGACGUAUGAUGUCACCUUUGAUUCUUCUGAAACAAGAGCAAGAUGUAGUUGCCAAAAGUUUGAGUUCUCAGGCAUCAUAUGCAGACAUAUAUUGAGGGUCUUUCAGGCAGUUGGUCUUUGUAAGCUUCCAGAAGGUCUCAUUUUGAAAAGGUGGACACAGAAGGCCAAGAGUGGCUCUGUUUUAUACGAAAAUUGUGCAAAAACUUCAGGAAAAUGCUCAAAAUAAUUUUACUCAGCGAUGCAACAAUCUCUUCUUAGAUGCUCUCAAACAUGCAGCAGAAGGGGCAACAUCUUUGGUGACUUACAAGGCUGCCAAAGAUGCACUGCAAAAGGCUUUUGCUGAAGUUGUUUCUGCAAAAAUGUCCUUGUGGUCAACAAAACCAGGAAAUGGAAAUUAUCAUUCUAAAUGGGGAUUAAGAUGAGAUGCAAGGAAGUCAAAUUUUAAGGCAGUUUCAGUGUUCAAAUUAAGUUGCUUUUAGGGGCAGUUGUUUAGACAGAAUUACAUAUCAAUCCACCACAAAAUCUUCAGCCAUCCUUUUGUAAAGAUGCUGAUGUAUCUCCAGAACUUGUCGAGGGAUGAGGGGAACUAGCAAACAAGCACUAAGUGUCAGGAAAGCAGGACUUCGCAUGGUUAAAAAAACCUCUGGUAGGGCAUGCCUCAGGUUGAUCAUCGUGAAAAUGCCGCCAAAGAUCCAGACAAUUCAGGUGUUACUUUUCUAUCUCUGAAAUGAAGGGAUGUGGAAGCUUAUGCUUGAAGGUCAGACAUUGGCCCGACUACUUUUUCAGACCUGAAUCUUGUAAAUCUUUGUAUUGCGUUUUUUUUUUUGUUACAAUUAUUGUUGUUUUAUUUAGAGUCCUAUUGUUAAGGAUGUAUAUGAGGUUCUACUGUGUCCACCUAUUUAAUAAUCAAACACUAGCUUUUGGUGCAGAUCAAAUCAUUGGUUCAGAUUGUCAAGUUGUAUUGCCCCUUUUAAAAAUGAAAGGUUUAUCUUUUAUUAUAUUGAAGAAGAGUCUGUAUUCCUGCCAAAGAAGAAGAGUAUACAAAUUUGGUCUGUAAUAUUUUGAGAGCUGAAAAAUCAAUCCAAAGGCAGUGACCUUUCUAG